GCCGAUGUUUGAAAAAAUUAAAUUUCCCUACCUGCUGUCAAAACCAAAAGUGCGGUGUUGUGGUGUUCUGCCAGUCAUUGUGCCUUUAGUGAAAUAACUUUCGAAAAUCCUGACUAAAAAGUGAGUCAAAAUGACACAAACUGAGCCCGAACGCGAGAAAAGCCUCCAGGAAUACCGGAAAAAACUUGUGGAACACAAAGAAGUCGAGUCUCGCUUGAAAGAGAUGCGAGAACAGUUAAAAGACCUAACAAAACAAUACGACAAGUCAGAGAAUGACCUUAAGGCGCUGCAAAGCAUGGGCCAAAUUGUUGGCGAGGUUUUGAAACAGCUAACUGAGGAGAAAUUUAUUGUUAAGGCAACGAAUGGCCCCCGUUACGUGGUGGGCUGUCGCCGGCAACUUGAUAAGACCAAGUUGAAAGCAGGGACUCGUGUUGCUCUCGACAUGACCACGUUGACAAUAAUGCGUUAUUUGCCCCGAGAAGUCGACCCCCUUGUUUACAACAUGAGUCAUGAGGACCCCGGCGAUGUCACAUACUCGGCAAUUGGUGGUUUGUCCGAGCAAAUUCGCGAGCUCCGUGAAGUCAUAGAGUUGCCCCUCAUGAACCCCGAACUGUUCAUGAGGGUGGGCAUAACCCCCCCGAAAGGUUGUCUCCUGUACGGCCCCCCAGGCACUGGCAAAACCCUCCUAGCCCGGGCUGUGGCCUCACAGCUGGACGCAAAUUUCCUCAAAGUUGUCUCAAGUGCUAUCGUUGAUAAAUACAUUGGAGAGUCGGCUCGACUCAUUCGAGAAAUGUUUAAUUAUGCGAAAGAUCAUCAGCCUUGCAUUAUUUUCAUGGAUGAGAUCGAUGCUAUUGGGGGUCGGAGGUUUUCCGAGGGGACGUCAGCUGAUCGGGAAAUUCAGCGGACUUUGAUGGAGUUGUUGAAUCAGAUGGAUGGGUUUGAUUCUCUUGGUCAAGUUAAAAUGAUUAUGGCCACGAAUAGGCCCGAUACUUUGGAUCCUGCUUUGUUGCGUCCAGGUCGUCUGGAUCGUAAAAUUGAAAUCCCGCUUCCUAAUGAACAAGCCCGACUUGAAAUUUUGAAAAUCCAUGCUGGGCCUAUAGCGAAACAUGGGGAAAUUGAUUAUGAAGCGAUUGUUAAGCUGUCUGACACGUUCAAUGGCGCUGACUUAAGAAACGUAUGCACUGAGGCUGGUUUGUUUGCCAUUCGAUCUGAACGGGAAUACGUAAUCCAAGAAGACUUUAUGAAGGCUGUCAGGAAGGUCGCCGACAACAAAAAAUUAGAGAGUAAACUUGAUUAUAAACCAGUUUAAUAAUGUAUUUUAAAUAAUUUAAUAAAAUUUAUUACUCGUG